AUGUUCCGUACUCAGGUCGAUCAACUUGUUCAGCAGGGAUUUGCCGAAGAACUCCCGAAGGAUUUGCCAAGAUAUCCACCAGAUGAGUCUGAUCCUGCACUACAGGAUCGUCACUACAUCUCUCUAGUCCCGGUGUACUCCGCCACACGACAUACCAAAUGCCGUCUCUGUCUAGACGCACGUACGUGCAAUACGUACACUAGGCCGGGAUGGCACAACCCUCAAGCUCUGCUACAAGCUUUCGUUGGCUGGAGAGCCUACGUUUGGGUCGGUCUUUUCGACCUCUCCAAAGCGUUUUGGAGGAUUAAUAUAGUACCACAGGAUAGGAAAUGGACUUGCUGUGUCGCAGAUUCUCGGAGGCUGAGAUUCACAGCCCUCCCGUUCGGGUUCAACUUCUCCCCAUGUACAUUACUUGAGGGAGAAGAUCUCGUUAAGGAAGAAAUUGAUAAGCUCAUCCGCGUAGGACACGAAACCUCUCUUCUGGGUACUGAUGGCCCUACUACCCUAGAAUCCGAACCAGAUGACACUAAGGAGGUGAGCGAGCCGGAUUCGAGCUCUACUAUCGUCGACAUUGAGAUCGACGUCAAUCAUGAGACUCCUGAACCAUCUCGUUCGAAGUCACUGAGAUGUAAAUUCUACGUAGAUGAUGGCCAAGUACGUGAAAAUCACAGCCCAUCGGCCGGUGCCAAGAAGCUUAUGUGGGCCCGAUGGGGCUUUGCUCAAUACGGAUUCCCCUCGGAAGGGGUGAAAACAUCCGGGAACUUCCACGUCAGUAGAGAGGUUAUUGCUGGAUUGUGGGAGGGUCAGCGACGAGCUAAGGCCUUAGAUCAGCUUCGGAAGGCCGAUCAACACUCAUGGAAAUCCUUCUUAGGGUACCUCUGGGAUCCUGAGGUGGAUGCCAUAGCCCAGGUCUUCCCGGAAUUACAGAGCAAUGAGCAGAUUGCUCUCAGUGAAG